AUUAUGACCGUGGGCAGUUAGAAGACUACGUAACUGAGGUGCGCUAAGAACUAGCAGCAUGAAUAUCAUUCGCCAUGGAUCGUCGGUCGGAUUGUUAACGGGCGGCCACAACAGUUUGGAAAAAAGGAGGGGUAGAAGAACUCUGCACAGCGAAGUGGGGAGCCAUAAAUAAGAGAUAAAGUCCUCCUCUGGUCUGAAGGCUUCGCUUUUCCUACCUCUUAAUUGCGACCGCCGCAGACUUCAUUUGCUCAACUAUGUCGCGCGAAAUUGACAGGCUGGCCGCGCCCGCGGAAAAGAAAAAAAUGCGGCUCAUUGUGGCCAGCUGCAGUAGGACAGGUACAUUGGGCCUUCAUGAAGCUCUGGAAAUGCUAGGAUACACUCCUUAUCACAUGAUCGACCUGAUGUUCAAGGGCAGAAAGCCUCAUAUGAAGGUCUUCACGGAGGCUAUAACAGCACACCACAAUCGUUUUUCAGGUAUCAAGCGAUAUGAGACACCGGAUCUCGAAAGGUGGAUCGGCAACCAUGACUGCUUGAUGGAGAUGCCAAGUUACAUCGGCAUUAGGUCCCUAAAAGGCUAUGUGGACGACCCCGACGUGAAGUUCAUCGUAACCGAGCGCAAUCCCGACAAAUGGGUGAAGUCCAUUAAUAAUACCAUUGGCGUGGCUGUAACGCAGGCCGACAUGUUGCCGAUGAAUGUCUUUAAGCGCUUUGAUUCCGAACUCGGCUGUUUUUUCCACCUGGCUCAAGUGAUGUACUGGGCGUAUUCGGAUGGGACAAACCCAGGCCACCCGAACAAUGAAGCAGCUCUCCGGAGGAACUACGUAGAAUACAUUCGGGAUAUAAAGGCGGCCCUUCCCAAAGAUAGGCUUUUGGUUAUCACACUUGAGGACGGUCUAGAUUGGGAACAGAUUUGCCCAUUCUUAGAUGUACCAAUCCCCAAGGAAAAGUAUCCCCGUGGUAAUGAACCGGACAAGUUUCAUAGAAUUAUUGAGGACUAUGUAGGGCCCAGGGUGAAAGCGGCCAUGUUAAACCUGGGCGCACUGGCCACCGCCAUAGUUGGAAUAACGGGAUAUUUGGGAUGGAGAUACUAUCAUUGUUGA